AUGUCGCUAUAUCUGCGCGCUCUGAAGCCUCGCUCCUCCCAGUGGCGGCGCUUUUUAACUUCCAGCGCGCGCGCCUUCCCUGCCACUCCCACCCCCGCGUUCCCGGACGAGUAUCCGCAUGCCGAGAUCGUGACGGACCAAGUACCCGGCCCCAAGUCGCAGCAGCAGCUGAAGCGCCUCGCUGCGCUGCAGAAUACAGGUGCCAUUAACUUCUUCGCGGACUACGCUGCCAGCAAGGGCAACUACUUGGUGGAUGUGGACGGAAAUCGCUAUCUGGACGUGUAUGGCCAGAUCGCGUCGCUGCCCAUCGGCUACAACCACCCCAAGAUCCUUGAAGCCAUGACCGACAAGGAGAACCUAUCUAUGCUGGCACAACGGCCAUGUCUUGGCGUGUUCCCUCCCUCUGACUGGGUGGAUCGCAUCGACGACACGUUGCUCAAAGUAGCUCCAAAAGGGCUCGAGGAUGUCAACACGCUAAUGUGCGGCUCGUGCUCCAACGAGAACGCCUACAAGGCUGUAUUUAUGUGGUUUCAAACCAAACUGAGAGGCGGACGUCCACCUUCCGAUCACGAACUCGAGACAUGCAUGACGCAUCAGUUGCCGGGCACACCCAACUUGAGUAUUCUGUCCUUCCAGGGAGGAUUCCAUGGCCGCUUGCUCGGUUGUCUGUCGACGACCCACUCGAAAGCCAUUCACAAGGUGGAUGUGCCGGCGUUUGACUGGCCUGUUACGCCGUUCCCGAAGCUGAAGUACCCACUGGAUGCUCACCAGGCUGCUAACGAAGCGGAAGAAGCGCGCUGCUUGGACGAGGUCGAGAGGCUGUUGAAACACAGUGCCGAGGUGACGAAUCCUGAGGACUCUCGUAUUGCUGGUAUGAUUAUUGAGCCGAUUCAAGCGGAAGGAGGAGACAACCAUGCGAGUUCUGUGUUCUUCCGUAAACUUCGCGACCUGGCUGCCGAGUAUGGCGUCGCAUUCAUUGUGGAUGAAGUCCAGACUGGAGGAGGCAGCACGGGCAAAUUCUGGGCCCAUGAACACUGGAACCUUGACAACCCACCUGACAUCGUCACGUUCAGCAAGAAGAUGCAGACGGGUGGUUACUUUGCCAAAGAGGAGUUCCGUCUCAAAGAGGGCUACCGCAUUUUCAACACUUGGAUGGGAGACCCCACCAAGAUGAUCACUCUGAAGGCAGUCCUUGAUGUGGUCGAGAGCGACAGCUUGCUAGAAAACGUCAACAUCACCGGUGACUACCUGAAGACCGGGUUGCACGAACUUGCUGCCGAAUUCCCCACUCUGGUGACUAACGUACGCGGCCAGGGCACAUACCUGGCCAUGGACUUCCCGACGGAAGCCGUGCGCAACGAGUUUGUUAGCCUGAUGAAGGCAAAAGGUGUUGCAUCUGGAGGCUGUGGAGUCAACUCAGUGCGAUUCCGACCAGCCCUGGUUUUCCAGCCCAAGCACGCAGCUGAAUACUUGGCCAAGAUGCAGGAGGUCUGCAAAAUUCUCAGCAAGUGA